AUGGAGGAUCGAGGUGCAGAAGAAGACAGCCACAAUUUCUCCACCUUGCCCUCUCAACAUCGUCUUCCCACCGUCUCUGGUAUCGAAGCCCUUCAGAACGCGUCGGUCAAGGCGAAAGGCAUUUCCUCCGGUCUUCCCGCCUUGGACUCCCUUCUUCUACCAAGCGAUAUCCCUCUUGCAACGCCGGGGAUCCAGAGAGGGCAUGUAACCGAGGUAUUUGGCCCGCCAGGGGUGGGAAAGACGACAUUCGCCCUUCAAGUUGCCGUCAACGUUAUGCACUCUUCCGACGAUGACCAUGUCCUGUGGGUCAAUACAGGCUCUCCCCUAAUAGAGAAAAGGCUUCAUGAGCUACUAGCGUCGCGACGGUUGCAAGGUGAACUGGAUUCAUCUUCAUCGUCGUCUGCCCCUGUCGACGCUGGAGCAUCCCUCAAGGAUAAGUUCACGUAUCUUGAAGCCUCCACUCUACCUAGGCUAUUGGCGCUAUUCUUGCAUCCCGCAAGAUCCUCUCCCUCGCCAGAAACCUGCCUGAUUGUUGUGGACGACUUGUCAAAUCUGGUGCUCGGCUCGUUCUCGAGGCAUCCCAAAUCCUUAAAACCUGGCGCUCCAGCUGCUGUCCGGGAGAAAAUGGAGAAGAAGGCUGCUGGACGACGGUUCCAGGUCAUCGAGAGUCUGGCCGCCGCCAUGUCUAAAAUAGCUGCCCUCAAAAGACUCUCCGUACUGGUGCUUACCAGUGCGACAAUGAAUUUGAAAAGCGGACAAAAGGCCACUUUGAAACCUGCCUUGUCCAGUCAAGCAUGGGACAGUGCUGUGCAUACCCGCAUUAUGCUGUACCGUGACUUCCCGGACGAGGAACAAGAAGUCGAGAUGUCCGAAAUAAAGGCCAGGGGCUUGCGCUAUGCCGAGGUCCAGCGACUCGCUCGCAAGGACGUCUACAGGACGCCGGUGCCGUUUGCCAUACUGACGCACGGUCUCUAUCCUUUGACGCUUGAUAUGUCGAGUAGUGAACAGGAGCUGGCGGGCGAAGUGAACGGAGUGGGAGCCACAUUACUUCGGAAUGAACUGCCUCUGCUCCCCGACGAAUUAUCUCAGCAGUCUCGGUCCAAUAAGCGUAAGGCCCUUGAGAUAGCUGACAGUGAAGACGACGACGACGACGACGACGACCGCUUGCAUUCGGAUUCCGACGAACCACAGCUUCCGAGACUCUUUCUUCGAGGAGGACGCGCCUCUGAAAAGCAGGAGGAAAUGAUUCUCGACACCCACGAACUCGCUGUUCUUAGGAGUUAUAGGUACGCCAGCAUCAGAGGGUCCGAGGAUGCGCUUGGUGUAUACACAACAUCGGAGGAGGAGGAAGAAGACAUUCAAGUUGAAGAUAUAGACGGCGACGAGGAAUAA